AUGAGCAACGCCGAAGAGGCCCUUGCUCUAGACUUCAGUAGACUAGGUAAACUAGAUCUACAAUUAGAACUUAUUGAGCAAGCCAUGGUACCACUUCGGGAUCUGCAAGGAGCUAUAAAAGCAACGAGCGAAGCACUACAAGCCCUUGCACGCUUCUGGAGUAGCGAAGCAGCUUUUCUCUCACGGAUACUUCAAGAGGCAACUGAAGGAAGGAGCUCAAUGUCUCAACAGGAGGCGCUCGAGUAUGCCGCUCUCUGGCGGACGUACGACGAGCAAAGCGAAAGCGACGUGAACACAAUUUUCAAGCUUGCUGAUGCAAUUGUCAUCGCGGCACAGAGACCUACGACCGAACAUCCAGUAAAAGAGAAACCACGGCAAGAAGCGAGGUCGACGUCCAGCCUACCGCAAAUCAGCGAAGGAGGGUUCACGGGCGCCACAAAAGUGCUCGCCAGCUUCGCAGUUGUUGGGCUCAGCCAGCUAUUCUCACGGAUGGGAGGCUCCUCGCCUCAAGCUGCACCUCAGACGGUUGCAGCGCCUACCAAUGCCGCGGUUGAGCCAAGGGCGAUGGAGCGUGGAUAUUCUACCAUUCCCACGCGUACCUUGUCAGCGUCCCCUCCGGUCCAGCAUUUGCCUCCUCAUCAAACUCAGCCAUUUUGCGCCGUUCAAACGAAUGAUCCAAUUCGUUAUAUGCCGUCACGCACCGUAGUGAACUUGCCCCCUCAGCCCUCUGUAUUUCCAUACGAGAGGCGGGUUCCCAGGAUGUAG